UGUACUGCUUAGCAGCAAAUAGUAACUAAUUGGUAUAGAUAGGUGUACAGUGUUAGUUGGCGUCUUUCAAGAAGAAAGAAAUAUAGUCGUUUUGAUUAAAAUUUUGUACAAUUGAUAAAAUUUCAAUGACUUAAAGAAUGCUGCCUCGUAUGAAAUUAAUUUUGUGUUUUUGCGUCAUUUUAUACGCAUUAGAUAGUAAAGCUGACGGCAAUCAAGUUUCAUUAACCAAACUUGGUACAAAAACAGGACCGACUUUAAAAUUUUUUUAUUGUUAUUCUUGUGGAUAUAGAAAAGUUUUUGAAGAAUAUGCCAAUAUCCUUAAUAAAAAAUAUCCAGAAUUACAAAUUAGUGGAGAAAACUAUAAUCCCUCUCCUAAUAAGAUGUUCAUUGCUAAAUUAUUAAGUCUUGUAAAAAUUUCUCUAAUAGUUUUAAUAGUAAUUGGACUUGAUUUUGGACAGCCACCAGCAUCGUUGUGGCAAUGGUGUAUAGAAAAUCGAAUCUAUUCUUGUAUAAUGAUAUUUUUCAUUUUUAAUGCUAUAGAAGGGCAUUUCUUAUUGUCAGGAGCAUUUGAAAUACAUUUCAAUGAUGUUUCUGUAUGGUCAAAACUGGAAACUGGCAGAAUACCACAACCAUUUGAGAUAUUUCAAAUAAUAGAUGCUCAUUUAAGUAUGCAGUAUGCAGAUGUAGAUAUAAAAUAGAUUAAUUUUAAUAAGAAAUC